AUGUUCGGAACGCGUAGUGCUGUGAUAUCUUUGCUCCUAGUUCUGGGAGCAAUCGUUCAAUCAUCUCUAGCGUUAAUUAGUCUGAGCAAUAUUACAAGUCUUAUCUACGACGCGAAAGAGAUCAACUAUGGCCAUCACACGCUGCUGGAUUCGUACGACUUCAUAAUAGUUGGUGCGGGUCCUGCAGGCUGUGUGCUGGCCAAUCGGCUCUCGGAAGAUCCCACAGUGACAGUGCUCUUGCUCGAUAUCGGCAGGGGUGAGAUCCCGAUCAUUACGGACUCACCGCUCGUUGGACCUAUUCUUGCGUCUACCGAUUACAACUUUGGCUACGAAACGGAAAAGCAACAAAACGGUUGCCUCGGAUUGCGGGGCCGCCGUUGCAGUUGGGCGCAUGGUCGUGGUGUUGGUGGAUCGUCCAUCAUUAACAAUGUGAUCUUUACGCGCGGUAAUCGGCGCGAUUACGACGGCUGGGCACGGGCGGGUAAUGAGGGUUGGAGCUGGAACGAUGUGCUGCCGCUGUUUAAGCGAAUCGAGACGGCUAACAUUCGCGAUUUUGGUGAUAAUGGAUUCCACGGUACCGAUGGACGACUGUCCGUCGAGGACGCUCCAUUCAGAACGGACAUCGCACGGGCGUUUGUGAAGAGUGCCGAGGCUGCCGGUUAUCGAUAUCUCGAUUACAAUGCCGGAGAUAAUUUGGGUGUAUCGUUUCUGCAAGCACACACACGCAAUGGAAGGCGAGCUACUGGAGGGAAUAGCUACCUGCGAGACAUAGUGGACCGGCCUAAUCUUCACAUCGUAACACGGGCCUGGGUCACCAAGAUACUCAUCGAUCCCGAUACAAAGACAGCUACCGGUGUGCGGCUGCUGCAUAAACGGCAGUACCACAAAAUAGACGCCGACCGGGAAGUAAUUCUUACCGCAGGAGCCUUCGAAAGCCCCAAGCUGCUGAUGCUUUCGGGCGUGGGUCCAGCAAAGCAUCUACGACAGCAUGGCAUUAAGGUGCUGCACGAUCUUCCCGUUGGUCGCAAAGUGUACGAACAUGGCGGUGUCUUUGGACCGAUCUUCAUCAUCCGAGAACCGACCGACAAUCUUGUCAGCUUCGGACAGCUUACCAACGUAGGAGAGUUCCUACGGUUCCGCAAUGGUUCUGGACCGCUCACAUCGAACUCGGUUGAGAGUCUGCUGUACGUAAAGUCACCGUUUGCCGAAGAUCCUGACCCGGAAUACCCGGAUGUGGAGGUGAUGCAGGCGUUCACAUCAUUCAGCUUUGACACUACGCCUGGCACGCGAAACGCUUACUAUCUGACCGAUCGGAUGUUUGACGAAUACUUUCGACCGUUGGCAAACACGAGAAACUUUAUGUUUCUGCCAAUGUUGCUAAAACCGCGUGCAGUCGGACGUGUGGAGCUGAAGUCAACCAAUCCCUUCACGCAUCCCGCUUUCCACUAUCAGUACUUUGAGGAUGAUCGUGAUGUGGAUGCGGUGGUGUACGCCAUUAAGGAAGUGAUUCGCAUCAGUACGAAAGCACCGCUUAGGAAAUUUGGUGUAGAACUGUACAAUCGUAAAGUGCCCGGCUGUCAGUAUAUGGCGUUCAAUACGAUCGACUACUGGAGAUGUCACGUCCGACAUCUAACGGCCACAUUCCAGCAUCAGGUUGCCACUUGUAAGAUGGGUCCUCCCGAAGACCCUGAAGCUGUGGUUGAUAAUAGACUGCGUGUGUACGGAAUCAAACGGUUACGAAUCGCUGAUGUUGGCAUCAUCCCGGAGCCACCGACCGGGCAUACCUGUGCGCACAGUUUCCUUAUCGGAGAAAAGGCUGCCGAAAUGCUGAAGGAGGAUCACCGACUACAUUAACC